AUGGGUAUUACUCGUGAUUCGCGCCACAAGCGCUCCCUAUCCGGUGCUCGUCCAAAGGAUUACAAGAAAAAGCGUGCUCAUGAGAAAGGUCGUCAAGCCGCAAACACACGUAUCGGUCCUAAACGUAUUCAUACCGUUCGUGUUCGUGGUGGUAACCUAAAGUUCCGUGCUCUUCGUUUGGAAAGCGGUAACUUUGCAUGGGGUUCAGAACACAUCACCGCCAAGACCCGUAUCUUGGGUGUCGUUUUCAACGCCUCCAAUAACGAAUUGGUGCGAACAAACACAUUGGUCAAAGCUGCAGUGAUCCAAGUGGAUGCCACACCUUUCCGUAUCGCCUACGAAAAGCACUACGGUAAGCCAGUCACCAGCAAACGUCGUGCUGCCGGUCAAGGUGCUGCUGAAGAAGUUGCAGACGCCAAGAAGAGCAAGCACGUUGAAAAGAAGUUGGAAGGACGUCAAAAGGAUGCCGCCUUGGACCCAUUGGUUGAACAACAAUUCGGUUCAGGUCGUUUGUACGCCGUCAUUAGCUCAAGACCAGGACAAUCCGGUCGUGCUGACGGUUACAUCCUUGAAGGUGCUGAAUUGGAACACUACGUUCGUCGUCUUCGUCAACGUGGUGCUGCUAAGCACGGUUAA